CGAAAGACAUACGCCGGUGCUUUGCAGAAGGCAGACGCCGAACUUCGAUUCCGGUUUUUGGAUCUGCCCAAGGAUGUUCGUCUCAAGAUCUAUCAUUCAGGUUUGCUCAAGGACAUGGCCGAACACCAAUGUGCUUACCAUGGCGAGCGACAGAUGCGUCGAAAUAUGAUCAAGUCUCCGCUGUUGCAGACGUGUCGACAGAUUCACUUGGAGGCUACACCCAUCUUCUACCACAUCAAUCGUUCCCCGCUAGAAUGCAGCAAGACUCCAGACCUCGAAUGCGCGGCGAGGAACCAAACGCUGGCUAUCAAUACUUGAAAACGCCCAUGCCAUCAGCAAUCACAUCAACGACAUCCGCCAUAUCACAUUGAUCAUGCAGUGCUGCAGAGAACAUCCGAUAGAUCAUGUCAAGAUUGAUCUCGGACUCAGAAACUCAAAGCAUUGGUUCACUUGCACAAAGCGAACAACGUACAAGAAACCGCUCAGAGGCUGCAUAUACAGAUUCCCCGAUCGCCUGGUCUGCCAUGACCGGACUCUCGCGCCACCCGUUUCACUUGCUCGGUGGUCAAAGCAGAUUGUGUCUGACGAUUUCUCCUCUGACGAAUCCGAAAUUGACGACGAUGACCCUGGUGAAUCUUCCUCCGGCGAAGUUGCAAACGAUAGGCCUUCAAAAGGCAUGAAAAUGAGUGCUGAGAACUUUGCUGCUGCCGAGGUUGCGGUAGAUGAGCUGUGGAAGACCUGCGGACAGAGCGGGCACAUGGUUCUCACCCACGAUGGGUUGCAAAACCUAUGCGAAGCGGUACAAAAGAUUGCCAAUGACAUGUGUCGAAGAGCAUAGAGAUGAACAAUGGGUACUGAAGACACAACUGCAGCGAUACACAACAUGUGCCAGAAGUUCAGCAACACUCAUCGAGAGC